UAGUGGACAUUAGUAAAAUUUUGUUCUCGAAAAUGAUGGCUCAAUUCAUGAUGGAUUUAAAAACAGAACCCCGUCUCAGUCCCUCCCUCUACUCACCUGCUUCACCGAAAAUGGCCGAUCCCAACUGUCGUCCCCAGUCGACCGAUUCCGGCGUGCUGGAUCUGUCCAAGCGACGAGACUCCUUGGACGCCCGGAAAACACCUUCACCAGCCUAUCACUGUUACAGUGAAGUGGGCGGAACGCCACCUCCCAGCAACCACAGUUCUCCCCAGCAGUGUGACAUAACCGUGUCCAACAAUCCGGAAAGCACCAUUCUCCUUAACUACGGUGAACUUGUCCGGGGUCGUCGCUUAUCACCGACCAAAUCACUGCUUCACUUCGAAGAACUGGCGCAUCACACACAAACCCAACUAGCCCCAGCAGUGCAAGCCUUUCACCGACAUGGAAUGGGACUUCCGAAGCCCGAAACGGACAUCCUACAGCAGCAUCUUCUACAGCAGGUGCACCGAGCAGCCCCAAUUCCUUCCUACUUGCUACCACCGUCGGCUCUUCAGCUUCAUCCUCACCAUCAUCAGCAGCAGCACCAACAAACCUCUCCGGCAGGUUUCUCACCCAGUCCUAUUCGUCUCCGCGAGUUGGACGCACUAUCCGAGUCGGGAUCCGAGAGUACAUCCCUGGUCAGCUCCAGCCAGCGAAAGUGUAAAGACGAUGGUACAAACACUCCCAAAGAUAGCAGCAAGCAGUACCCAAUGGUGGUCGGACGGGACGGUAAACUCUCCCGACCCUUCAAAGCCUACCCACGUGAUCCACUCAGCCUAGCGGCCGGUUUCGUCGCCAGUGAUACCAUCCUCGAUACAAACUCCGCCGAAAAGUACAACCUGUUCCGGAAACGUAUGCUCGAGCAGAUCCACGCCGCCAACGGUGGACAGCCGACCGUUUCCAACCCGAAAAUGCGUCGACUAGCAAACUCCACCAAAUCGGGCAACUCCUCCUCGAACGCACCUUCCGCCGCCAUGAGUGAUGCAUCAUCCUCCGAAUCUUGUGACGAAAAAUCACCCUCAAACGAACGCCACGUGCUAGCAAUGGCGGCUGCGAAAGCACACCAAAACCUUACCACGUGCGAUGAAAUGACGCAAUACGCAGCGACCAAUCAGAGGCAGCUAGUGACGCCAUCGCGCAAGGAUACGCGGGAAAUGGCGUGUGACGUCAUUGGCUCGUCGGACGCUUCCGUAUCGUCGAGGGCGGAGUCAAAUGCAGCCGUUGCUACGGCAGCGGAAGCGGAUGCCGGCUCUGCAUCGCAAACCCCUAGCAACGGUUCGUCAGUGAAAGAUUCAGCCUACUACGAACGUCGCAAGAAAAAUAAUGCGGCCGCGAAGAAGUCACGCGAUCGACGCCGGAUCAAGGAGGACGAAAUUGCGAUCCGGGCGGCGUUUCUCGAGCGGGAAAAUAUCGAACUAAAGUUUGAGCUGGCGGCCGCCCGGAAGCAGCUCGCACUGUACGGUGUUACGAGCUCGGUGGCAGCUUCGUAGG